UUGCUUCGGCAGCGUGCUUUAUACACACAUAUUUCAGGCAAUCGUUACGAAUCCUCGUUCAAGGUGGUGAGGCAUGAAGAAAGGCAAUGUGGAGGACGAUGCUCAAGUCGUACUGCAAAGGAAAAAUGUCCAAAAACAGCUCGAUGAGUUCCAGAUGCUUUCAGCCAUUUUUUGCAACCACGGAGAGCUUCAAGUCGACGAUUACAGCUGCAUAGACAACCUGAACGGUUUUAUCUGUGGUGAAAUCGAGCAACUUAGCGCAAAACUGGACUAUCGUUUCAACCUCCCACUGUUAUCGGACCAAAAGGUAGAGCUUUUAGUGCAAUUGCCCCAUCUGUAUCCCUCCCUGGAGUUACCACGGAUUGUAAUUCGUUCGGCAGAGAUUGCGCGCGAACAAGAACGGUUGCUAACGGUCAAGAUUGAGCAGUACAUUGAAGAAGAAAUACUUGAACGGGACGAACCGUACGUCUAUCAGGUGAUUUGCUGGAUACAAGACCACAUUGUGGAGAUGCUGCAAUCGACGGCAGAGAAAAAGGAACUCUCUACGAGCUGCAAACACACCACGAUCGAACACAAACCAAUCAUAUUUGAGCGAUUGUGGAUAUAUUCGCACCAUUUAAAAAGCAAAAUGAAACGACAGACGAUCGUCAAAACUGCACGUGAGCUAAAGCUCACUGGUUUCUCGCGUCCGGGAAAACCGGCCAUCAUCUGCGUGGAAGGACAUCAGGCUGACACACAAGAGUUUUGGCGCACUAUCAAACCAUUGAAAUGGCAGAAAAUACAGAUAAAACUCAGUGAAACAAGUACCAGCGAAACAGCGACCGAAAUGGUGCAGCUGCGACACUUUGCGUUCGGUUUCCGGGAGGAGCUUUUUUGCGAGAUGGACGAGGAUUCCGACACGGAAGAUCAACCGAUGAGCAUGAGCCUUUUUAUGAAGUUUCUCGAGAAGCAUAACUGUGGCUAUGUAAAGAAGGAACUUUUCGGCAUUCAAAAUAUGAUCAAUAUGCAGCCUAGCUAGCUACGCAUCGUUUGGGGGAACUUUUCAUUUUCGCUAUCGUUCAAAAUGUGCAAUAAACUUCCCUUAGCAAGGUCG